AUGGCAGGCUCAGCGUUACGGCGUCUAAUGGCUGAAUACAAGCAACUAACACUCAAUCCUCCAGAAGGAAUUAUGGCAGGUCCAGUAAAUGAAGAAAACUUUUUUGAAUGGGAAGCUCUAAUAACUGGGCCAGAAGGAACUUGUUUUGAGGGUGGCAUUUUCCCUGCAAAGUUGGUGUUUCCACCAGACUAUCCAUUGAGUCCCCCAAAAAUGCAAUUUAUUUGUGAAAUGUUUCAUCCAAACAUUUAUUCUGAUGGGAGAGUCUGCAUAUCCAUUUUACAUGCACCCGGAGAUGACCCAAUGGGCUAUGAAAGCAGUGCAGAGAGAUGGUCACCUGUGCAAAGUGUAGAAAAAAUUCUCCUUUCAGUCGUCAGCAUGUUAGCAGAGCCAAAUGAUGAGAGCGGUGCAAAUGUGGAUGCAGCUAAAAUGUGGAGAGAAGACAGAGAACAAUUCAACAAUAUUGCGCAGCGACUUGUCAGAAAAACUUUGGGUCUUCCUGCCCCU